GCCUCCUGCAGCACCAAGAAGACCUACGCCAUCUCAACUCCUGCGUGGCGGACAGGUACCAAGACGGCUUCCUGUGCCAAGCCUCUGUCCUGCAACUGUCGAUCUGCGUGGAGAGUCAAGGAUCAGUGCUGGUCUGGCCACCAGACGGCUGCCACCUUUAACCCUUCGCAGGGCAAAUGCACUCGAAAGUCCGGCAGCGACGGCAUUCAGGUCACGGCUGUGUGCGAGGUCCUUGCAUGCAGCACCGGCGCGAACGCCGGCUGCAAGAGCUGCGUCGGGGAAAGGGACCGCCAG